GAUUACUUGAAGAUCAGUUGGAGUUGGUGUUUCAGGGUAAACAUCAGUAUUGGUGCUUUAGAAGAAAGGAUGAUGCUUUCUGGAAUGCAUACCGUGGCAGAUAUAUUUUGUUGCUGUUGUGGACAAAUUGUUGGCUGGAAAUAUGAGGCAGCUCAUGAGAAAAGCCAAAAGUACAAGGAAGGGAAAUUUGUUCUCGAGAGAGGGAGGAUCGUCGACGAAAUUGAUUUUUCAACAGAAGUUUAUAUUGACACUCGCCCUAACGUGAUGAGUGAUACCGAGGACGUUUAGGAUGUAACUUUGUGAAAAAUAAGAUCAGAUGCACUUGUUUUGCAAAUAUGUACUGAGGUUGUAAGUUGUUGGGAAGAUCUCGACCCUAUGGUUUCAUAACGGAAGAAUUAUUUUAUUCGGUUUUAUUUGUUAAUAAGCAUCUUUUCCGCCCCUUUAUCGAGUGUUGCACUCCACUGUUAGAAUAUGAAUAAUAAGUUAUAUGGUGUAUUAUCUGCCUUAA